AUGGCCUCCUCUGGACAUGAUGUUAGUACUUCCUUUGUGAUUCUCAUUCCCCAAGAGACGUCUGCCAGACGAAGGAAAUGGGCCUCUGCCUGGCUGAAGGAGAGGGCCCGAGCCAGGGCCACAUCCUGCUGGAGUUGGGUAUGGGGAGAGGAUCGGAGAGAGAGACAGAAUGAAGACACUCAACUCGAGCUGGAUGCCUUUGCAGUCUUCAAAGCUGAUCCUGGCCAGGUGUUCUGGUCAGCUCAGGCUCCCACUGACCACACUGCUCCUGCACCGCCAACUGCUGCUGAUGACACUAUGUUUCUUGGUGUUGUCCCUUCCCCUGAUGCUGACCUCACUAGCAUGGCAUCGCCUCAGAGCCAUGAUGCUGGCAAUAGCUCUAACCUCAUGGAGGAGACCAAGACUUUCUCAUCAACUGAGAGUCUGCAACAACUUUCUCAACAACUCAAUGGUCUUGUGUCUGAGGUACCACAGGAUUGGGGUCCAGAAAGAAGGUAGAGGGGAAGAAAGCGUGUUAGAAGCUGAGGCCAGGAUUCUCAGGAGACUGGCUCAUGAGAGGAUCCUGUCAGACUCAGAGAAGACAGA